GGGCAGUGAGUGUUGCAAGUCCCAGAACUGCAGGUCCCGCCGUCGGUUUGCUGCCAGCGUGAGGUCCUUGAGAAGCCUUUGGCCUGCCUACCUACCUUAGUGUAUUCCGUACAUACAUAGCAGCAAAUCCCCAGCACAGCCAACCACCAUGGCCGACCAACAACCGGAGACCGGCCUCCCGCCGAACUGGGAGGUGCGCCACAGCCAGUCCAAAAACCUGCCCUACUACUUCAACCCGGUCGAGAAGGUGUCGCGGUGGGAGCCGCCCCCGGAGACCGACACGGAGAAGCUCAAGAUCUACAUGGCGACGUACCACAGCAACAAGGGCGGCCUGGCCGCCGGCGCCGCCGAGGAGCGGCAGCCGGGCAAGAUCCGCGCGGCGCACCUGCUGGUGAAGCACUGCGACAGCCGGCGGCCGUCGAGCUGGCGCCAGAACACCAUCACGCGCACCAAGAAGGAGGCCUACGACAUCAUCCGCGCCCACGAGCAGCGCAUCAAGGCCGGCGAGAUCUCGCUCGGCCAGCUGGCCCUGACCGAGUCCGACUGCAGCAGCGCGCGCAAGCACGGCGAUCUGGGCUACUUUGGGCGCGGCGACAUGCAGAAGGAGUUUGAGGACGCCGCCUUUGCCCUGAGGGUAGGCGAGAUCUCGGGCAUUGUGGACACCGCGAGCGGCUUGCACCUGAUCGAGAGGCUCGAGUAACGCUCUCCAAGGCUUUGUUUUACCUGGUCAACAGGGUGGGAUGGGAUUGCGAACAGAUGCGCUUGAACCAAGCACUGUGGCCUGACGUGCAUGGUUGUGUUGGUUGAGAGCGCCAAAA